CUAGGUGGGUGGGGCUUCGCCCGGUGGGCGUAACUACGGCCUGUAGGAGAAGUUUUGACUGGCUCCUUUCUUCCCCGGAACUUCCUGAAGAUCCUGUGCGUGUAAAUGGCGUCACUUGGAGCGUGAGUUGCUGCAUGAGGGUAUUGAAGACAAUGGCCAAGAACAAAUUAAGAGGGCAGAAGUCCAGGAAUGUAUUUCAUAUAGCCAGCCAAAAAAACUUUAAGUCUAAAAACAAAGCAAAACCAGUUACCACUAAUCUUAAGAAGAUAAACAUUGUGAAUGAUGAAAAAGUUAACAGAGUGAAUAAAGCUUUCAUAGAUAUACAGAAGGAACUUGCACAUUUCUCAAAAGGCCUUUCCCUUGAACCUCUGCAGAAACAGCUGAUUCCUCAGCAAUGUCAUGAAAACGAACCAGUUAACGUUGAUGAAGCAACAAGAUUAAUGGCUCAGUUGUAAUACACUGGAGAUACACCAAAUACCCCAAAAAGACCAAUAAAUUAAAUAUUUUAUACAGUUUUAUUUUUAAAAA